CUCUCUUCCCUUUCCUCUCUUGUAUCCAACAACCUACACUCUUUGACCCCAGUCACUCGUUAUCCUACAACCAAAAAUGCAGUUCACCAAGUUCAUCUCUUUCGCCCUUGCCUUCCUCUCCCUCGGGAUGCUCGCCAUGGCGGCUCCUCUCACCAAGGACGUUGCCCUCGCCGCUCGUUGCAACUGCAACGACGACCAGGUCCUUGACGUCCUCGUCGACCUCGAUGCCCAGGUUAAGGCGGAUGUGGCCGUCAUCGCUGCCCUCGUCGCUAAGGGUGAUGUCAACAUUGCCGACUACGAGGCUGCCAUUGUUACCUUGACCGCUCACAUCAACGCCGUUGUCGAAGUCUUCGUCCAGCUCCCCGGCCUCGAGGUCGGUGUCCAGGCCGAGGCCAUCGCCCAGGCAUGCGCUGACAUUCUCAUCGCCAUCUUCGCUGUACUCAACACCUGCCUGUUCGUUCCCUCCUUCCUGAGCUGCCCAUCCCUCGCCGGGCUUGACGCUGCCAUCUCCGGCCUGCUCGUCGCGCUCAACGUCUGCGCUUCCGGUGUCCUCAGCAUUGUUAUCGGCCUCUGCCUCAACAUCCAGCUCAUCCUCACUGUCAACCUUGUCGUGUUCGUCAAGACCAUUGCGGUGCUCCUUCCUCUGGGCCUGUAAAAGCCAUUGGAGAAUAUGGGGUUCAGGUUAUUUCUGGGUUGUCGAACCCUCGCACUGAGGAAACGACCAGAAGGAGAAACAAUGCAGAAUUGUACACCCACAAAAUGUCAGGUUGUCUAUCCGUUUUUUAAAUAAAGUGAUUACUCGAGUUGAUCGCGUACGAAAGUUCUGGUCCGUGCGCGUUCUCAGAAGCACACUUAGAAGCAAGCCCGGCAAGUCUAUUACUGCUUCUCCGUACGGCGGGGCAUCCCUAAGGCUGUGUACCUUCCCCGUCGCGGGGUGGGUCACCAGGGAGCUCUGUCUUCGCGAAGCUCAUCGCCGCGCGUCUAAAGUGCGUAUAUGUUUGCA